AUGGCCGAAAAGCGGCGAGCGUCAGGACGGGCGCGUGAUGCGAAACGACGAAGGACAUCGACCAAAGCACCCACGCCAAAAGAUGCAACACCAAAAGAGGCUACACCAGUUGUCGAAGAGCCAGUACGAGAAGCCACACCGCUACCGAACAAGGUCGUAGAUUCGAGACUGCUACCCACCCUUUCCGAGCCCCAAGCCAUUGGCCUCUCCAACGAUGAAUACAAGAGUAUUGCAGAAAGCGGAGUGUUACUGGCAUCGUUAGAGCGAUCACGACAAAAAUGGGUUUCUGGCACCUUCUUUGAAAAGUACUGGACCAAGACGUCUGGAAGAAAAGAUGCGCCUCCAGCGCCGCCAGGCAGCCCGCACAAGUCAUGGAUGAAGGAGAUUGGGCCAUGCACCUUGGUGGUAGAGCCCAUGAUCUUUGAGGCGACGGCGUACUACGUCAAGGAACCAGGCCCAGCUCCGCCCUCGUCCACAUCACAUCAAGCGCCUCCUCAGCAGCACUUCCAACAGCAACAAUACCAGCACCAGUACCAACAUGGUCCCCCUCAACAGUACAAUCAACAACAACCACGACCCAAUCAAAACCCUCCUGCUGGCAGUCCUUAUGGAGCACCGUACUCGCAUCCUUCCACACAGUUCCAGGGUCGCCCUCAUCCACCACCCAUCAUGCCCGCUACAGCUCGAGCCCCACCACCUCCGCCUGCCGCACCUGCACCCGUCAAACAGUCUCCAGACCCUGUUAUUCAGAUGCUGGCCUCACGCGCAAGUAGUGAUCCCGAGCUCAAGGCACUCAUGAAGAUUGUAGCCACCGGCAACGCCAACCAAGAGCAAUUACGCAUUUUCCAGAGACACAUAGACGAGUUGACGGCCAUGAUCAACGCCAACAAGGCUCAGGCGAACAGCCAGACGAACUCUCCCGCUCCACCACAGCAGCAUGCUCCAUCUCGCCCUUCCUCUACCGCUCCUGCUAUAAAACCACAUCCUGCGACAACGCAAUCGCAUGCUCCGAUAUAUCCUAUGCCCCAACAGCAUCCACAAUACCAACAUCAACCACCUCCACCACCGAGAUACCCAAGCUACCCUAUCGUGCUCGAGUUUCAAGGCCCUGGUGCCUCGCCUGACCGCUUCCGCUUCCCUGAAUAUACUAUCCUCGAAUUCCUCAAUUCCUACAAGAUGCUCGCAUCGUUCCUCGUCAUUCGCAAAGGAAAAGACAUCAGCCCUCAACUCGACCCAGAUACCGAUUACUACGAGCCUGUCACCAUGACAAUCAGUGUAUCUGAAGGUCGCUCGCCUACAAGAGACGUGCUGCAGUUUAUCACACGCUGUGUGAAGCCUGCCGAUCAGGUUCGCACUUACAUGACCGAGAAGAUUGAGAAAUGUACCCGUGCUCCGACGAGACAUCUUGCCUUUAGGCUUCCCCACAAGAGCGGCAUCACUGAGGUAGAAGAGGAGAUUCCUGUCGUGCAAGAAGUCAAGCCCAAACCUAAGCCAGCGCCUAGAAAGAAGAAGGAAGACAAAGAGAAGGAGAGCGACCAAGCAGGAGAGAAAGAUCCAGCAAAGGGUGCUGCACCAGCUCCCAUUGGCACGGAGACAUCUGUUGCACAAGAAGCUCCUGCGCAAAGCGGGACACAAGCGACACCUGCAACCACUUCUGCCGAAUCUUCGAUAAAUACUCAAGCGGGUACAAAUGAGGCGCAAGCUACUACCACUGUGCCUCCACCUUCAGCUCCAGAGUCUGCCCAGCCUGCAGAAGCACCAGCGACAGACAGCACAACUGCAAAGCGCAAAAAGUCUGUUCGCAUCUCAGAAGUGCCUGCAAUAGGCAACGACAGCACAGCAGCUACAGCAGUUACAGCAUCAGAUGCCCCAACAAUCACAACCUAG